GAUGGACAAGGAUCAAGGAGACAGGUGGCUGCUUUCACUCAUCAAAGCAGCCUGUCCACAUCCUCGGAGGUAACAGAUUGAAAUUGAUCCCAUAUAACAUGACCACAUAACCAGACAGAGGGACUUCUCAGUAGUGGCGCCUUCCCUGUGGAACACCCUUCCAUCAGAUGUCAAGGAAAUAAACAACUAUCAGGCUUUUAGAAGACAUCUGAAGGCAACCCUGUUUGAAGUUUUAUUCUGUUUUUAAUGUUCAGUUGAAAGCCGCCCAAAGUAGCUGGGGAAACCCAGACAGAUGGGCGGGGCAGAAAUUUAUUAAUAAUAAUAAUAAUAAUAAUAUUUUAUUAAUCCAUUGUUGUUACUAAAGGCUCAGUGGCAUAGGUACUGAAGAGUGCCAUUCAACAGUUUUGGUUAGUGGUCCAGCUAUAAAAACCCAUAUGGCUAUAGAGCACCUGGCUACAGUUGUAGAUCAGUCACACUUAUAUGCCUAAGGAAGGAGUAUUUCAUUACAAUAAGACCAGGUGACCAGUGCCAGUGCUAUGAUUCUACAAUGUAGCUGUUUUCCUCACCUGAAAAUAAUCCCUUUAAUUUUUAUUUCAGCUCACUUAUGGAACAUUUUUGCCAUCACAGGAUGAGAGAAUAAUUUCCCCUUUUUUGUACCACAUGGUCCCAAACGAAGCCCACCAGUACAUGGGAGCUGUCCGGUUAUUUCAGCAUUUUGGAUGGACAUGGGUUGGGCUCUCAGCUGUGGACAAUGACAAAGGGGACAGAUUCCUACAAACAAUGCUGCCUUUGCUUUCUGAGAAUGACAUCUGCUAUGCUUUUAUUAUAAGAUUACCACGAUGGAGUUACGUAGAAGAGCUCAUACAGUUGCUUCUACAACACUGGAACAGUUAUGCAAUUAUCAUUCAAAAAAAAGCCAACACAUUUUUUGUACAUGGAGAAAACCCAUCCUUUCGAGUUUUGAGAAUAUUGCUAUUUCUAGCACAUUUCACUGAGUUGCCUCCUCUGGAGAAAGUAUGGAUUAUUACAUCUCACUGGGAUUUCACAUCAAUGUCUCUUCAAAAGAAUUGGGAAAUGCAAACUUUCCAUGGCUCCUUAUCCUUCAGUGUUCACUCAGAUCAGCCAUUAGGAUUCCAAGAAUUCAUUCAAACAUUAAAUCCUUCCUGGUCGAAGGGAGAUGGUUUUAUCCAGGACUUCUGGGAACAGGCCUUCAGCUGUUCAUUAAAAAUGCUCAUGGAGGAUGAGGAGAGUGCCUGUACUGGAGAGGAAAAGCUGGAGAGCAUUCCUGGAAUAUUAUUUGAAAUGAAAAUGACAGGUCACAGCUACAGUAUCUACAAUGCUGUCUAUGCUGUUGCACAUGCUUUGCAAGCCAUGUACAAAUCCACCUCAAGGCGUAGAAGUUUGGAUAAAAGGAACAGAUUGUUAUUACAGAAUGUGCAACCAUGGCAGGUAAUGAUAAUUCAGUGUUUGAUUGUUUUUUAAAAGGUAAGCUAGCUUUUAAUACAGAGGUAAAAGGAACUGUUUCAGGAAACAGUGUACUAAAGUUGUUUUCAUGUUAUUGUUCUUGUAUAUGUUAAUCCAGCUCCAAUUAUAGAACGUUAUUUGGAAGUGGGUAUUUCUGGAUUUGCAACUGUCUUUAGGUAGGAAUGAAAAUCCAAUAUUUACUUAUUUAUUUAUUUAUUUAUUAGAAAGCAGGCAAACAAGCAGAGAUUAACAGCUCCAUAUGUCUCCAUUAAACAAAAAUUCACUCAGAUUCUUUUGUUGUAUUUUAUGAACCCGUAUUGAUCAAUAGUGUUGCUCUCAUAAUGAUGUAAUCCAUUUCAAAAUUAUUUGCAAUAAGAAACUCACAUCAAAGCAAAUGAAAGGAAAUGACAGCUUGGUGGAUAGGUCUCCACAUGUAGAGAGGAAUUCAACCUAGUGCUAAAUUGGAGUGUGCACAAGGUCAUCUCCCUCCUACCCCCUCUUCUCUCUCUGCAUUUUAUGUAAACCUGUUUGACAGACUCCUCCAACCUGUGAUGGCUUGUGAGCGCUCUCCGCAAGAAAUGCCUCUGCUAACUCAGAGAUACAUAUAUACAUCCUUUAUUUUACAUAUGUACAAGCAGCACACAUAAUCAUGCAUCUGAAUCCUCCGGCUCAGAUUCUUGGAGUGCCUUACGGCCACCCCUUCUCCAGUAGAAAAGGCGUGAAAUUCUCAUGUAAUGUCUCUGUCCCCUCCUCUUUAACACUCUCCUUUCCUGGGCAGCUGGAACAGACAUUGCUUCACUGUCCAUGCCAGAGCUUCCUGUGCGGUGUUGAGGCUCUGUUCCAACAUCUGUGAGUCGUUCCUCCUCACUUUCCCUUCUUUCCUCCACCGUCACUUCCUGCCCCCCUUCCUCUGCCUGUCUCUCCUCUUCCCCUUCAUUCUCCAUCAAUACCAUGAAACAACCCUCCAGAGAAAAUUUAGGAGGUGCAGCUGAGUGAAGAUGGUCCCAUUGCAAAAGCAGAUCUCUCUCUCAAUUACUUUCCUACGGUAAAAAAUAGUAGCUGUAAGAUAGCUCUUUGUGAAUGUCAUUGAAAUAAUUUAAAACAUAGUUAUCCUAUUUUUCAUAUUCAUUUUGAAUCUAGGUUCAUCAUUUACUAAGAAACAUCAUAUUCAAUAACAGUGUUGGAGACACGAUCCACUUUAAUGAAAAUAGAGAAUUAGUUGCAGGCUUUGAUAUUACAAACUGGAUGAUGUUCCCCAAUGGCUCAGUGGUCAGAGUAAAAGUUGGAAGGCUAGAAUCUCAGGCUCCUUCAGGUGAUGAAUUAACCAUGAAUUAUGACCAGAUUGUGUGGCAUCAAAGCUUUAAUCAGGUAAGACAUAAUAUUAUUAUCAUUAACCUGUUAUUAAAUUUGUAUAGCUCCCCUCAUCCAUAGAACUCAGGACAGUUUGCAGAAUAAAAAUACAAGAUAAAUACACAAAAUUGAUAAUAAAACAAAAAACUAACAAUAACACCCCUUUCUAUUAUUAUAUAAUAAUAAUUAUGUAAUUAUUUUGAACUGUGUAAAAGUAAUCUGUAGCUAUGUCCAGUUGCUGGUGAGACAAAAUCUACAUAUAGUGAACUUGUAAAUUACCAUAUGUAUCUCUUCCCUUAAGAAAGGGGUAUUCUGCUUACACCUUGAUAUGUCCUUGCAUUCUCUCCAAGAUCAUCUGCAAGUUUCUCUUGUGGGGAAUGUUUGGAUAUUUAAGAAAGAAAAUGUCAAUUAAGCCAAUUGAGCAUUCUGUCAUCUCUUAAGGUACUGAAUUGCGUUUGACAGCAUUCUUUUUUUCUUCUUUUUCUUUUUUGCUGCUGCUGCUGCUAUUUUAAAUUCCUUCUUUAUGAGGAUUAAUCUAUAUUUUCAAAGCAGUUCAUGUGGGGUUUUUUGAGUUCAUGCUUGCAUAUCUUUAAAUAAAUGAAUAAACCAGGAAACUGUUCAAAAAUUAUCAUGACUUCAAAAAAGUCACAGAAUCACUUGUUACAUCAUUAACCAGGUCUUAUCUUCAAAGGGACUUAAAACCCUUCCUG